AUGCUGCAGGUGGACGUGUUGGUGGUAGGUCCGGAGGCGGACCGCCUGGUGGACGUGCUCGCCGCACUGCUGGCCCAGACCAGCCCCUCGGUGGACCUCCGGGCGCCGGGGGUGCUCGCCUCCUCCGUGCGAGUGGCGGGCAUGGGCCGGCGGGUGAGCAGGGCGCUGGUGCUGCCUGAAGUCGAGACAGAGCUGUUGGACCCGCACCUGCUCGGCGCCUUGCGAGCGACGGCGCCCUUCUGCUGUGUGAUCGUCACCUACACGUGCGGCAGCGAGGAGAGCCUCAAGCAGGCGGAGCAACUGGUCCACCAACUCGUCAGCCGGAAGCUGCGGCCAAAGCAGAGGAAGGCCCGUGCCAAGGACCACCACCACUCACAUGGCCUUGAGACCGAGUGCACAUGCGGCGCACACCAACACGAGAGUGACGGCGUGGAGUCGGCCCUGGCAGAGGCCUUGACGGAGCCCGCACGCGUGUGGAAGGUGGGUCUGGGCCUGCUGGUCGGGGUGGAGCCCGCGGCGCCGCUCGCGCCCCUUCCGCCGCUCCUCCCCUUCUCGCCCGCCGACGUGUCUGCACACACGACCGCGGGCACCGGUGCAUCACCGGCCAAGUCGACGGCCACGCGGCCCUAUGCCAAGGAGGCUGAAGCCCGACUCAUGAAGCGAGCAGUCGAGAUCAUGGAGCCCUUCCGCUCUGCGCCCAGGAGGGUGAGCGAUCAGGAUCCCUGGUCGGCGUUGGGCAUCUACGAGUGGGCGGUGGAUAUCCACAACCAGCUUCACCCUGGCAUGCCUCCCAUUCCUGUCACAUCUGUCUCGUCCCUGCUCGGCCGACCCCUGCCAUAG